AUGGCAGACUGGGAUCUCAGCGAGUACGAUGACAAGCUCUCAUACCUCCGAGCCUUCGAGACCGUCUUCCUGGUCGACGACUCGGCAGCCAUGACCCCCUACUGGGAUCAGGUCAAGGAGCUCCUCGACCACAUCUCGCCCAUCUGCGCCAAGCACGACCCGGACGGCAUCGACCUCUACUUUGUGAACCACCGGCCCAAGGGCUUCAUCGAGUUCUUGCCCGGCCAGUCGGUGCGCAAGUCAGGCUACCGGCGCAUCGGCGGCUUCACGCAGCUGCAGACCCGCGACAGCGUGGCCCAGAUCUUCGAGAACGUCGGCAAGCCCGGCGGCCGCUGCAACAUGGGCGCCCGCCUGCAGAAGCUGCUGAACUGGUACCUCGGCAAGGUAAAGAAGGACCCGGCGUUUGGGGGCUGGAACCUGAUCGUCCUCACGGCGGGCAAGUUCGACGACGACGUCAAGGCGCCCCUGGCCGAGGCCGCCAAGCGCCUCGACGAGAUGAAGACCCCCGCCCACCAGCUGGGCGUGCAGCUGCUGCAGCUCGGCAACGACGCCGCCGUCAGCAAUGCCUUUCGGCACCUGGACGACGACCUCCACCAGGCCGCCGGCACGCGCGAUAUCAUCGAUGCCGUGUCCAUGGGCACCAGUGGCGCGCUGACUGCUGAUGAGAUGUUGAAGGUGGUUCUGGGCGGCGUUGUCAAGAAGCUGGAUGCAUUUAAGGAGGCUGUGCCCGAUCAUGUGCCCGUGAAGCGUGUGGACACGGACGACUGA